AUGGCUGCGAGUGGAAGGAGCGCUCUGGCGGGUUUUGUGCUGCUGCUUCUGUGUGUGGUUGCGGCGCACUCAGCCUCUCACAGCAUCUACCCCAGGAUACGCUUGUCACAUAAAGAGCUCUGGCAGCUGAACCGGACAUGGGUGUUCCAGGGGCACGCCGCCUCUUUCCAGCCCCGGACCAUGCUCCUCGACGAGAGCCACGGGCGCCUCUUCGUCGGGGCCAAAAACGCCGUCUUCUCCCUCAGCCUGGACCGCAUCACCGCCCAUCCCCGAGAGGUCCAGUGGGCGAGUACAGAGUCCCAGAUCGAGAACUGUCUGAUGAAGGGGAGAGAGAAACCAGAGUGUGCAAACUACAUGCAGGUGCUGCAGCCGUACAACCAGAGCCACCUGCUGCUGUGUGGGACCGGGGCCUUCAACCCGCUCUGUGCACUGGUCAGAGUGGGAGACACUGGACAGGACCGCGUGUUUGUGCUCGAUGAGGGGAGUGUGAGCAGUGGGAAAGGUCGCUGUCCCUAUGACCCCAGCAGCCCUUCUACCUCCACACUGUCCAAGGGAGAGCUGUACAUCGGACUCUACACAGACUACUGGGAGAACGAUGGAGCCCUGUGCCGACUCAACAACCAGACGUACACCCGCACGGAACGGGACGACCGGCAGCAGCUCAACGAGCCGAAGUGGGUGGGCUCUGUGGUCGUCCCGGACAACGACGACCCAGACGAUGACAAAGUGUACUUCUUCUUUACCGAGAGAGAGCUGGACCCCGAGGGAGAGCAGCGCGCCGUCUACACCCGCGUUGGCCGGGUCUGUGCGAAUGACCAGGGAGGGCAGAGGAUGCUGGUGAACCGCUGGAGCUCCUUCCUCAAAACCCGUCUGAUCUGCUCCGUGUCUGGCCCCAACGGCAUCGACACGCACUUUGACGAACUCGAGGACGUGUUUGUGCUGCAGAACAAAGAUGAGAAAAACCCAGAGAUCUUCGGCCUCUUCAGCACCACCAGUGCUGUGUUCAAAGGCUACGCCGUGUGCAUCUACUCCAUGGAGGACGUGCGAGCAGCCUUCAACGGGCCCUUCGCCUUCAGGGAGCGGCCAGAGCACCGCUGGAGCCUGUACGAGGAGAGAAUCCCCUACCCCCGGCCCGGAUCGUGUGCCAGUAAGAUGACCGGCGGGGGCUUCUCCAGCUCUAAGGAGUUCCCUGAUGAGGUGUUGCGUUUCGUGCGCUCUCACCCCGUCAUGUUCAAGCCCGUCCUGCCCCAGCACAAGCGGCCCGUGCUGCUGCAGACAGAGCCGGGGCACAGGAAACUCACCCAGAUCGCUGUGGACCGGGUUCAGGCCCAGGACGGGGACUACCACGUGCUCUACAUCGGGACAGACGACUCCGCGGUCCUGAAGUUCAUCACCAUCUACAACACGGACACAGACACCAUGGAGGAGGUGCUGCUGGAGGAGCUGCAACUCUUCAAGGUGCCCACCCCAAUCCAGGAGCUCAUCAUUUCUCCCAAAAGACAGCAGCUGUACGUGGGCUCGGAGGUGGGCGUGGCUCAGCUCCGCCUGCACCAGUGCGACCUGUACGGGUCCGAGUGUGCGGACUGCUGCCUGGCCCGGGACCCCUACUGCGCCUGGGACGGCCUGACCUGCUCCCGCUUCUACCCCAACGGAGUCUACACUAAGAGCCGUCGAUUCAGGCGCCAGGAUGUUCGCCAUGGCAACGCUGUCCAGCUGUGCAACGGGCUGCAAAUUGAUGGUGAGCAGUGGCAGCGUGCAGAGGAGAAGCGUGCUUAUGGAGUGGAGGGUAACAGCACUUUACUGGAGUGUGUGCCGCGCUCUCUUCAGGCCAAAGUGCUGUGGUUUGUGCAGCGGGACGGGGACCGCCACGAGGUCCGUGGGGAUGAGCGUGUGAUCCGGACCCCUCACGGCCUCCUCUUCCUCCGGCUGAAGAGCUCGGAUGCGGGGCUGUACGUCUGCCAGACCGUGGAGCAUGGAUACGUGCACACGCUGCUUCGCGUCACUGUGCACGUGCUGAGCUCGGAGCGCGUGGACGCCGCUGUCAGCCGCAACAUCCACCGGGCCUACCAUCGUCUCGCCACGCAGUGCCAACCGUCUUCUUCCUCCACCUCGCUCUCCUCCCCUUCCUCUCCCGGCCCCAGCGUCAGCCCCAGAGCUCCCCCUACAGGACACAACUCCAGACUGUGGUACAAGGACUUCCUGCAGCUCAUCGGCUACGGGGACGCGCAGCGAGUGGAAGAGUACUGCGAAAGGGUCUGGUGCUCCGACAAGAAACGCAAGAAAGCCAAACGGAGAUACGCCGUGCCGGAGAAACGAGCAAAGGCCAGAGGCGAGGAGAGUUCCAAUCGCUCGCCCCGACACACCACCGAUACCUGA